GAAUCUUUACAUUUUAGGCACAGUGUAAGCACUUAAUUAUUCUAAUCAACAAAUAUUUAUUGAAGCGUUCUAGGUCCUUCGCAGUUUAUCUCAUUUCAUCCUCACACAGUCCUAUGAAAUACUAUUAUCCCCAUUUUGCAAAGAGGGAAAAGUUCUCAGAGAAAAGUUACACAACUAAUGAAUACUAAAAUGGGGCUUCUACUGUGGAGUUCAAACCCACAGCUCUAAACCGUCAAAUCCGGGAGAAUAAACGCUUCCCAAUUCUGUUAGUCAAAGCAGUCAUCCCCCAGAAGCCUCGCGAUAUUACUCGAACUACUACUCCCAACGUGCAAAGCGGUUUCUGUGAAGCCGCCUAAGCGGCAGAGGCCGGAGGGCCUCGGCGUUCCUCGAGGCGCGGAAGGCAACCUGGGAGCCGUAGUUCUCCUGGACGCCUACCGGUAUUGCCAGCGCGGCGGUGGCGGAUCGCUCGGUUCCAGCCAGUAGGUACUGUGAGGGCGAGCUGAAGCGGAGAAAGGGCGCGGAACUGGAAACGGGUGAGUCAGGCACUGUCUGCGCGUUAAACAGAGGCGGCACCGCGGCGUAGGGUUGAGUUAAGUUAGCGCGGCCCCCGCGCAGUCUCUUUAGGGACACCGCGGUCUUAGCGUCCCCGAGCAGAGGGUGAGGAGGCGCCAGAGCCCGGUCCUUACACCCGUACUCGUCCUCAGCUCUCCGCCAGCAUCUCCACCAUGCAGUCCCGGGAAGAAGCUCCGCGCUCUCGCCGCCUCGCCAGUCCCCGCGGCGGAAGGCGGCCCAAGAGGCUUUCCAAGCCCUCGGUUUCGGCUUUUUUCACGGGCCCGGAGGAGCUGAAGGACACGGCCCAUUCCGCAGCCCUGCUGGCCCAGCUCAAGUCCUUCUACGACGCGCGGCUGCUCUGUGAUGUGACCAUCGAGGUGGUCACGCCUGGCAGCGGGCCUGGCACGGGCCGCCUUUUUUCCUGCAACCGUAACGUGCUGGCUGCCGCGUGUCCCUACUUCAAGAGCAUGUUCACCGGCGGCAUGUACGAGAGUCACCAGACGAACGUGACCAUGCACGAUGUGGAUGCCGAGUCCUUCGAGGUGCUGGUCGAUUACUGCUACACGGGUCGUGUGUCAUUAAGUGAGGCCAACGUGCAGCGCCUGUACGCCGCCUCCGACAUGCUGCAGCUCGAGUAUGUGCGUGAAGCCUGUGCCUCCUUCCUAGCCCGCCGCCUUGACCUGGCCAACUGCACGGCCAUCCUCAAGUUCGCCGAUGCCUUCGACCAUCACAAGCUGCGAUCACAGGCCCAGUCGUUUAUAGCCCACAACUUCAAGCAGCUCAGCCGCAUGGGUUCGAUUCGGGAGGAGUCUCUGGCAGAUCUGACCCUGGCCCAACUGCUGGCCGUCCUGCGCCUGGACAGUCUAGACGUCGAGAGUGAGCGGACAGUGUGCCACGUGGCGGUGCAGUGGUUGGAGGCGGCUCCCAAGGAGCGGGGUCCCAGCGCUGCAGAAGUCUUCAAGUGUGUCCGCUGGACACACUUCACCGACGAAGAUCAGGAUUACCUGGAGGGGCUGCUGACCAAGCCCAUUGUGAGGAAAUACUGUCUGGACCUUAUCGAAGGAGCCCUGCAGAUGCGGUAUGGUGACAUGUUGUACAAGUCUCUGGUGCCAAAGCCAGAGAGCAGCAGUGGCUGCAGCUCUCUUGUGUCCAUGGCAGAAAAUCCACCCCAGAGGCUGGGUAUGUGUGCCAAGGAGAUGGUGAUCUUCUUUGGACAUCCCAGAGAUCCCUUUCUGUGCUAUGACCCAUACUCAGGGGACAUUUACACAAUGCCAUCACCUUUGACCAGCUUGGCUCACACUAAGACUGUCACCUCCUCAGCUGUCUGUGUCUCUCCAGACCAUGACAUCUAUCUGGCCGCCCAGCCCAGGAAAGACCUCUGGGUGUAUAAACCAGCCCAGAAUAGUUGGCAGCAACUUGCUGACCGCCUGCUCUGCCGUGAGGGCAUGGAUGUGGCAUACCUCAAUGGCUACAUUUACAUUUUGGGUGGGCGAGACCCUAUUACUGGAGUUAAAUUAAAGGAAGUGGAAUGCUACAGUGUUCAGAGGAACCAGUGGGCCUUAGUGGCUCCUGUACCGCAUUCCUUCUAUUCCUUUGAACUAAUAGUGGUUCAGAACUAUCUUUAUGCUGUGAACAGUAAGCGCAUGCUCUGCUACGAUCCUAGCCAUAAUAUGUGGCUGAACUGUGCUUCUCUUAAACGCAGUGACUUUCAGGAAGCCUGUGUCUUCAAUGAUGAGAUCUAUUGUAUCUGUGACAUCCCAGUCAUGAAGGUGUAUAACCCAGCCAGGGGAGAAUGGAGGCGCAUUAGUAAUAUUCCCCUGGACUCUGAGACCCACAACUAUCAGAUUGUUAAUCAUGGCCAAAAGUUGCUCCUCAUCACUUCUACAACCCCACAAUGGAAAAAAAACCGGGUGACUGUGUAUGAAUAUGAUACUAGGGAAGACCAGUGGAUUAAUAUAGGUACCAUGUUAGGUCUUUUGCAGUUUGACUCUGGGUUUAUUUGCCUCUGUGCUCGUGUUUAUCCUUCCUGCCUUGAACCUGGUCAGAGUUUCAUCACUGAGGAAGAUGAUGCACGGAGUGAGUCUAGUACUGAAUGGGACUUAGAUGGAUUCAGUGAACUGGACUCUGAGUCAGGAAGUUCAAGUUCUUUUUCUGAUGAUGAAGUCUGGGUACAGGUAGCGCCGCAGCGAAAUGCACAGGAUCAGCAGGGUUCUUUGUAAAUAUUUUGAAAUACUAAGAUGUUUCUACUGCUAUGGAAUAUAUCUUAAAAAGAUGUCCUUUUCUUUUCUGGAAAAAAAAAUUGAUUAGGGCUGCACAUUUGGCUUAGAAAGGGUAAUGUGUGAAUUGCUAAUGUCAUGUUACAAAGUUUAAACAGUCCGUGAAAUCAACUAUAUAAUGAUAUACUGUGCAGAAAGUCCAGAUUAAAGUAUGCAAAACAAUGAACCAUAUAAUUGAUUAGAAUGCUUGGUGGUUUUCUUCUUUGUUCAAGUAUUUGUUGCACCAGUGAAUCGUUUUGAUUAGUUACACUGUUUAUAUUUUGAUUAUCUAAUUUAGUCUUGUUAGUUUUUAAAUUCUAUUUAGUGUUGUGAGGAAAUUAGCUUUUUAAUUUUUAUAUAGAAAAUUGGACUAGAAAUUGUUGGUAGGGUUUUGAAGGUUUAUAUCUUCCUUCAGAAUAAUGAAAGUAGUAGAUUUCCCAAAUUUUCAAAUAGUCAGUUUUUAGGAUUCUAAGUUAAUACAGUUUGUUAAAAUUUGGUUUGGUGUUCUUCUCUUCUGCAAAGAAAAAAAUUGGACAUAUAUAUUAAGGUUAUUAAAGAGUGAUUUCAUUUUGAUAAUGUGCAGAAUGGUCUUAAGCACUCACAGAAAGUAAAAAAAAAAUCAGGAUUCCACUGUUUUAAAAGAAAUUUCAUUUUUAUUUUUGGAAUAUAAAAUGUGUAUUUGCUAAAUACGACCAUUUUUCUAUCUUAAAAAAGACCCAUUCUGGUAGCAUCACCAACUAUUUAGACCCUUCUAAACCAAAAGCAAUAGGUAAGUUGCCAUAUUUUUUCAUCUAUAUCUGAUACAUGCUUCGUUGAAUCAGGGGAACAAUCGUUUUUUUCACUGGACAUGUGAUUGGGUAAUGUACAUUUUUAUCCGUUGGUCAUGCCUUGUCUUAAAACGUUUAUAUGCUCUCCUACAAUAUUUUGGCUGUAUAGUUUUGCUGUUUGUCUUAGAGGAUUCUUUAGCAGGAAGUGACUUUUGUGAGUCGAUACUGGUUUUGAAAAUAUGUAUAAGCUAAAAACAGUGUUUUAUUGAGAUCAGUAGUAGUUAUUGUGUCUAUCAACUCUAAAAUCCAGUGCCAGAAGAGAACUUUAAAACUUUAAGCUGUGUAUAGAAUUGUUUUAUGUAGCGUUGAAAUUUUCUGUCAGUUUUGUAAGUCACUGUAAAUGAUUAUCAGCUUGAAGCUAUUUUUGUAUUAAAAGUUGACAGUUAAAGAACAUAA